AUGUCGGCGGAAGAGGACACAGAGUUGAGAGAUAUGGUGGCCCAAACGCUUGAAAGCAAAGGAGUUCUUGGAAAAAUCAGGGUAAGGAAAUGUGUAGUUUUAGUAAAAGAAGAAGUGGAGGUAAAAUCGUAGCAAUCAAUAUUGGUUUAGGGUUUUGACGUCCGAUUUCACAGACGCAACUGAAAGUGAAUUUUUGUAGAAAAUAUUUAAGCUUAGAAUCAACUGCCAGCCGGUUUUUAUAUGGACACUACAGAGCCAUUAAAAAAGAAUGAAAUCGUUCGGUCUUCAAUGAGGAAUUAUGUUCUGUUAAGUAAAGAAAAUGUUCGCGCAUAACUUUGGCCAUGUCGUACAAGACUUUGAGUGGCAAUGACGACCAAUAAUUGCAAUGAGGUGGUUGAUUUUAAAUAGGUUUUAUUUCUAUUUGUACAGUGACUGUCGGUAUUUUUUUCAUUUCUAUUGAUAUUUUUUAGGCCCAGUUAAGAGCCAGUGUCUUUCUAGCACUAGAAGAACAAGAAGGAGCAGAGGUAUGUAUACUAUUCAAGUUCUGUCCUAGACACCUUCAUUUUGUAGAUUCUUUUUGAUUCUUAUUCUCAGUUUGCAUAGUCAGUGCACUCUUAAAGAUACAGGGGCGUGGCCAGCCCAGGCCUACAAAUUUUUGGUUUCAUCACUCUACCAUAUGUAAUAAACAUUAUGCAUUGUUGGGGUGAGCUAAAAUCCUUAUAUUAGCUGAAAGUGUUGGUGAGGUCAGUGUGUACUAAUCAUGCGUGCAAUUUUCAGGAUAUGUGGAAAUGAAAGUCAGCCAGGCCUACAACUAGUCAAAAAGCUGGCUAUGCCCCUGAGACAUACCCAUGUACACCAAAAUACCACCGUAAAGAUCACAUACUUUUGUUCAGUUGUAAAUUGUUUUAAAGUACGUACUGGGAUGUAGCUUAGGAAUGCUAAGCUGCCUUAUUAUCAUUAUUCUAGCAUGGCUUCUUACUGAACCGCACCUUCAGAUUGUUCCUCCAUCUCUUUCUUUACCAGACGAAUUUGAGCUGGUGUAAGCUCAUUUUCAGCACGCGAAACUCGCCAGCAGCUGUUUCUUAGCUACAUCCCUGUAGCUGCGGUGUAAAAAAUUUGAUUUACCAAUAACAUGUACAAUUGUACAUACAAAUGUUAUGGUUUUCGUGAUUUAUUGCUUUUUUAUCAGGGUAAAAUACCACUCAUGAAUCCCGAUCUGAAGAAGUUUUUGAAUACAAGUGAAGGUUAGAAGCCUUAUUUUUGUCCUCUUGAUUAAUCUAUUUGUUAUGACUAUGAAAGUUGUAAUCCCAUCUGUAGCAGAGACAAUUUCCCAUAAUGAUAAAGUUCCUUUUUCCUUGGCAUUCCUCAUUUUGUUUUCCUUUGUUACUGUUUUUAUUAUACACUGUACACUGCAGGUCGUCUUGUUACUGGCUUGGUCAGAGAAUUUCUGGAAUAUUUUGAACUGGACUUCACCAUUGCUGUUUUUGAUCCUGAAACUAAUUUUGUAAGUGAUAAACCUUAAUACUUUAUUGUCCUCCUCCUUUGAAUUAACUUCAAAUACCUUAAAAGAGUAACAAAGACCUUGAAAAUUCAUGGACUUAAAAUAAUUAUAACCCAAUUUUAUUUUGCAUAAAUAAUGUAAAAAUGCAAGUCUAUAGUACAUUACCAAUUCCAAAGUACAAUUUGCAUGUUGAUGCUUGAUCCCCACAAGAACUGCAUAAUUUUUUAUCUGAAGAAUAAAUUCUUUUAGGUUUUCUUAGAGCACAAUGUCAGCUUUGAUGUACCGGUAACUACUUUUAUGUGUCAUUUCCAGAGUGACAAGUAUACAGGAAGAAACAACCUUGCAAGGGAACUUAAACUACAAGAUAUUGAUGGAAAUUCCAACCAACCCUUACUGGCUGAAGUUAUAAAGAGACUCUCACCCAGUACAAAUGGCGAGGUAUUUGUUUUAUAAUCAUGACUUUGAAACAAAGGGAAAUUAAAUUGAAACUAAGAUAAAAUUGAAAACACAACAUAUUACACAUGUACAUAAUUAAUUUUUAUAUGUUGUAGUUAAUUUUUUAUCUCAGGUAAUUUUUACUUUUCCUUUGUUUCAACUUUUAAUAGUUCAUAAGCUUACAUUACCACACCAAAAAACAAAAGAAAAACAAAAAUUACCUGAGAUAGAAAAUUAACUGCAACAUAUUUAUACACUACCUAUUAACCCUUUCACUGCCAAAUAUGACCAAAGGCAAAUUUCACAAAAAUCCCAAAUUUCCUUUUGUAAAUUUUUUUAAAACAAAUAACACCACAUGAACGUACUUCCAAAGAGAUUUCAUUUGCAUAAUCACACCAUAGGGUUUUGUCCACAGACGUCACGUAAAAGUUAGAACCACCUCACAAACUCCAUCAUCCACUGUGGCAGUGAAAGGGUUAACUAAACUUUCAGAGCAGAGAGCAGGGUAGACACAGUCUGGUAAAGUCACUUAAUUUGCCACCCCUAAAAUGUGGCAUACAUGUAGGUUCACAUUUCAAAAUAAGUGCUAUAUUUUGAUAUACACCCGUACAGUAUGAGCUAAGUACAUGUACAAUGUUGGUUCUCUAUAUGUCAUGCACAGAGUGUUUUUCUCUGGCUUCUCUGGUUUUAACAUUUCCUCAAAUUAAAACUAACACUACUAAUUUUUAAUUUGAUUUUGGAAGCAAGAACUCCAUUGAAAUAACCCUAUUUCCUGUACACUGUAUCAGUUAGGGCUAAUUAAAUAAUUAAAUCAAUCAAACCUUCUGAUUCAUUGUCUGACAGUUAGUUUUUUUUUUCACACCUUCUAUAAAGAUCUCUAAAGAGGUAGUCACAUCACCAAGAAAUAAUGCACAGGAAAGUCCAAGAAGCACUAGCCCUCCAAACAUGAAAGUAUGUAUUUGACUUUUGUCCUCAGCCAGAUUUUGGGGAUCAGUAUUACUGUUAAUGUAAUAACCCACAAGAGUAUAUAGUGGGGAUAAAAACCCUUGGUCUCUGGUUAAAAGUUCAAGCUUUGGAUUUUCCUUUGAGUUCUUUUUUUUUUCAAAUUUGAACCACAACAGCUACAUCUCUUGACCAGUCUCACUCACCCUGGCUGUAUCGUUGUAACUUGAAUAGGUCAAGAAUGAUAAAGUACUAAAAUUUUGAUUGAUAUGUCAGUUAAUGUGCUGGGUGGCAUUAACUAAUGGACUGACUAAACAUUACAAUGAAAACAACAACUGAACUGUUUGUUACUGCAUACAAUAUUAUUCUAAGGAGGAUUCCAUAUUAUGUCUGAUCAUUCUGUGGCUCACCGGGACCCGGUUGUUCAAACGUCCACUGGGUAGGUCACUAUCCAGUAGAAAAGUUUUAGGGAAACUAAUUCAUUGGACAGAGAUUUAUCUAGUGGAUAAUACUAUCCAUGUUUUGAACAACUGGGGCCAGGCUGUUACUUAUAAAAAUGACAAAAAGUUCUGCUGCUUAAAUAAUGACAGAAAUAACAAUAAAUAUGAAUUAAAUGAUGUUAAUGAUAAGAACAAUAUUAUUAUUAUUUUUGUUGUUAUUAUUAUUAGAAUUGUUAUUAUUAUAAUUAUUAUUGUUAUUGUUAUUAUAAUUUACUUUUACAGUUCUAAUUUAAGCUAUUAUAAUCCUUUGCACCUGCGUACAUGUAGGUUUGCUACCCCCAAAUUAUUAAGAAAUAUUUUUUUCUAACUACACCUCAGUGAAAUCUUAUCCUGUUCACCUUUUCAACAUAAUUCAAGCUAAGUGUAAAUUUAGUGUUGCGUCACAUAACUAAACUACCAUAAAAGGCAUUAUUAUUGCACUACCUUCAUAUUGCCUAUAAAAGUUUAAAUUUAAAAAAAUAAUAAUUAACAAUUAUUCCAGGAGUGCGCGUUGGAUAUGAGAUGGUAGAUAGCCAACGAGGCACGUAAUGCUGAGUUCGCUAUAAUCAUCCCAUAUCCAACAAGCGCGAGUGGAAUAAUAAUUGUUUUAUAUAAAACGCCCACAAAAUAUCAAGAAUUCCUCCCGACUUUAUCUUUAAAAACACCCGAUUUUCAGCUUGUUUUUAAUUUUGAGCAGAUGUGUACAGUUACCAUAUUUGGACAGUAUGGUUUAAUGUCUCAUAUACUGUGAUAGCUGAGCCAAUCAGAGCUCUAGAAUUGCAUUAUCCAAUGAUUCAGUUUUUAAUAGUAAUACUUAUAAAUACAGACUGUAGUAGUAAGACUGAAAUAGACUACAUUUUACUUUAAUUAGAGAAGGAAAGUAAUGUAAUGCAAAAUGAAAACAUAAAUACACACAUACACUGUAUUUAUUUAUUAUCUUUGUGUAUGUUCCUAGACUUUACUAUCCAUUUGAAUUUUUAUUUAUAGACAAAAGCCUAUUAAAGUAUUCUUUGUUAAAGGUUGAUGAAGACUUUUCAGAUGUUGGUGAUCUUACCUCAGACACUGCAAGUGCUGAUGAUGAUAGCAGGGUAUUAAAAAUAAUAAAUAUUAAAUCAUUAAAUUUCAUUAAAAUUUUGACUGUGAUUAAAAUAAAUAAUUGAUUAUAAUGUCUUUUGCAAGCAAAGAAAAAAUUAAAAGAAAAUUAAAAUUAAUUAAAAAUUAAAAAUAACUCAUAUAUAAUCUUGUGUUUUGUGUACAUUGUGCAUGCUUCUGAAGACUCUUCACAAAUUCUUGUGUCACAAACUACUUAUAUGAAAGAAGGAUUUGAAAGUUAGAAUAAUAUUUGAAAUGUGUCCAUAUAAUUAUUCUGUAAAAUUGUGAUAAAGGAUGAUGUAUAAAGAAUAGCAGUUCUGAAAGAAAACUUUAGUUAACAUACAUGCACAUACAAUAACUGGGUGGUAUAUAAUCUUCCAGGUAAGGGUAGUCUUGCACAUGCCAGUUUAUUUUGAGUCAAAGGUGCGAGAUAUAUAUCCUGAGAUUUUCAGGAUUUUUCCUUGAGGAACUGAUUAUUAUAAAGAUUUUUCAAAGAGUUCUGAAGACGUUCCAAAGAUUUCUGAGAUUCUCAGUUCCCGUGCUUCCCUUCUAAAAUUAUUGUAGAUUUUUGGGGAAAGUAUGAUGAAUCAUUCAAAGGGACUUGAGCAAUUUAUAAUUAUAUAUUUUUACAAAAUGUGUCAGUAAGCAAUGGUAAUAGGAAUGAGUGGAGUCCAAUUUUUUUAAGUCUGUAAUCAUAUGAGUGAUUAACAACACUGAAGAUCACAUAUAGUGGGAGUUCGAUUUGUGCAAAUCAUGAGUAUGAUUACAUCUACCGAAUGGGACAACACAAAGUUCUGUUACCAAUUAAUUAUAACUAUAACAAAAUUUAAACAUAAGAAAUUCUGAGGGUUUUUUGCAAGCAGUGAAAAGAAGCCAUUUUAGUGAGCGCACAAUAGCGUGUACUGUCCAGUUACAUAGGUAUGAUGUGUACUGUCCUGUCCAUUAGUGGUGAAAUCAGGACAGUUGAUAACCAAUCAGAUUUGAGAAUUUUGUUAUAGUUAUGAUUAAGGUGGAAAUAUCUCAGUUUUUCUGCCAGAUUUGAGGUCCACAGGCAUACAAAUUGUAAGCUAGUGCGAGAUAAAAAUUCUCAAUCCUCCACAGCUGCCCUCAGAAACUCCAACCACAAGUCCUAUAAUUAUGCAAAAAAGUGUCAGGACCAUGCAUAAUUUCUGCUUGACCUUAUGCUGAAUGUAGUUAUGUGAUGUAUAUGACUGUUCAGCGUUUAAUAUUUUGUCUUCAACAGCCAACUAGUCCAAGACCCAGCAAGAUUCCUCAAAGAGUAAGAGAUGAAAAAUCAAACAAGUCUGACAAAAGUGAAACACUGAACUCAGGUAAAGAGCAGAAUUCACUGUCAAAUUCAAGAAAAGACAAGAAUGGAAAAAGGUACUUAUUUGUUUUUAGCUCUCACAAAAUUUAUAAGUAUAUUUGCUUUGAAUGUUAUGAUAUUAUUUUUAUCCUUGAAUUCAUAAUAUUAUUUGCUUGGAUUGUUAAUAACCUGUUGUAGAAGUCCAGAUGUAACCAUUGGCAGUGAUGAUGGCGAUGACAUAUUUGGUGAUUUACCAUUAAGAACAAAGUAAGUACAGCUAUAGAAGUUUUCAUCUGCUAGUGUGGAAAAUGGAGCUCAGGUGGGCCUUUAAACAGAACUUAGAAAUAACAAUUACGGGAAAAUCCCAACAUCUCACUUCAUUUUGAAUUCAUAUUUAGAUCUUGGAUUUUUUCUCUUGCAGAGAAGAUGAUAAAAAGGAGAAAAAGGCAUUGUCAUUUCAGUCAGGUGGGGAAAGAGGACUAAAAAAUUCUGAAAAUAAACUGGAUGAUAAAAAUAAAAACAAUAAAACAAAAUGCAACAGACACAACAUCAAGAUCAGUAGGUUGUAAUCACUAGAUAGUAAAAACAGAGUGACAUGUGAAAAUUAAAUUGAUAGAAAGAAAUCAACAGAAAUUGCUAUAACAAAUAGUAGCAAAUUGUAUUUGUCACAUAUCUACCUAAAUAUAAGUUUCUUUUAUUAACUAACUGUUAUUUUUUUCCUGCUUAGAAUCCAAGUCUGCUGGCGGACUGUCUUCUCUUAAGGGCGCUUCAUCACUAGGCAACAGUGGGCUGGGUUCAUUAAAAGGAGUGCCGCCAUUACCUGGCAUGAACAGCAACAACAAUACUAGAGGUAUGCAUAGUAAAAACUUAUAAUAUGCAUGUUAAUUUUCUGUCAAGUGUUUCUUUCACAGUAAUACUGAAUAGACCUUUGGAAAAGCACUCUUACAGUGUAACUACCAUCAGACACUGUAUACAGCAUAUCAUAUUUACCAAACAUGGAUAUAUAUUGCUUAACCUGAACUGGUAAUGACAUUUUUCAAUUUAGUGGAUCUUAUUAUCCCACACUGUAUACCAGUUUACCAAGGGUGGAUUUUUAUUUCAGGUAAUUUUUAUUUUUCUUUUGAUUCAACUUCAUUAACAUACAUCUCCAUAACCAAAAACAAAAGAAAAACAAAAAUUACCUGAGAUAAAAAAUUAACUACAACAUAUAUUUAAAAACUGUAUUCCACAAGUGCGCAUUGGAUAUUAGAUGGUACAGGGCUGUCGCUAAAAUUUCAAGUUGCUGGGUCUAUGCAAUUAGUAGAAGGGGAAUUGCACAGAAAGGAAGUUCUUUUGGUUCUGUUUUCCUUUUGUUUCCUAUGAAAGUAGCUGGGGCUCCUGCACACUCAUAGUAGCCAAGGAAUAUCCCCAGGCCCCGGCUCUUAGUGACAGCCCUGUGGCAGAUUGCCAACGAGGUGUGUAGCACCGAGUUAGCUAUAAUCAUUCUCAUAUCCAACAACAAGCAAAGUAGAAUAAUAAUUAUUGCUUUAUUAAAAACGCCCAUAAAAUAUUGAGAAUUCUUCCGGACUUUAUUUGUAAAAACAACCGAUUUUCAGCUUGUUUUUAAUUUUGAGCAGACGCAUAGAGUUACCAUAUUUGGAGAGCAUGGUACAUGUAUAAUGGCUCAUUUACCAUGAUGGCUAAGCCAAACAGAGCUCUGGAAUUACAUUAUCCAAUGAUUCAGUUUUUAAUAAUGAUGCUUAACCUGCACUGGAUAUAGAAUUUUCCAAACUAGGAGGAUGAGAUUUUAUUUAUCCCACACUAGCAAUAUAUCAUGCUUACCAAACAUAGAUAUAUUGCUUAACCUGGAGUGGAUAUCGCAUUUUCCAAACAUGGAGAAUUCCUAAAUCCUGAGAGUGAAAUUCUACUUUACCGGCAAUGGAGAACUUAGAUACCCUGCCCUGGAUAACUCGCUCUCCAUUAUUGAAAAUUAAGCUCAUCGUGGUCUGGAUAAUUUGAUUUCCAUAGCUUUUCCAGUCUUGGAUUGGCACGUUUACCUGCUAAAAUGUGUGGAGUUUCCUUUCAACAACUUUGGAUAGCGCAUGCUUAACCAAGGCUAGAAUAACUGCAGUUUUUCCAAACUUGGCGUUUGAUAGAAAACCAACAAAUUAACAAAAAAACAAGUAAAAACUGAGUUGGACUUUUGAUAUUUUUCCUGUUAGAGAUGUUGGAACAAUUACGCUUCCUUGCAUUUUCCCAUAAACACACAAUUGUCUGCAACAACUUGGUUUUCACGGACCUCAUCCCUCCCCUUCCCUUUCUCACCAGGGCACCUAGAAAAGGGCAUGAAAAAAGGCAGCUAGUCUAAAGAAUUAGCCAUAACCAAAGUAAUGUAUUUAUUUCAAGAACACACUUGUACAUUCUAACAUCAUGUUUUGUGUCUAUAUUAUUUUGGUAGAAGACUUCACAAAAUCACCGAAUUGGCAGGAUUUGGCUGAAAUUGACAGCAGGAUCAGCAAACUUGGAUUUGGUAUGCGACAUCAUGCUAUUGAAUAGAAAGUUAGCAGAAAGAAAUGAUUUUCCUGUGAGGCAGUAAGCUUGUUGAUCUAGUGCUGUCACAUUCAUCUGUUUCACCAGCAUUUAUUUUCAUGUAUUCACAGUAAGAGAUAUUCAUCAUUGGUUCUCUAACUACAGUUUAACUGUGGCAGGAUUAGCUCAGUCGGUAAAGCGCUUGACUGCAGAGCAGAAGGUCGCGGGUUCUAUUCCCGGGGCCAGACCAAUACUCAGGGACUUAAAAUAACUGAGAAAUGAAGGUACUCCCUUUGCAAUGCAAGCAGUUAGACCUUCGAGUGGUUUGGAUGACCACGUAAAAUGGCGGUCCCAUCUCUAGUUGGAGAGUGACAUAAAAAUAGUGUCCCCAAUCAGUACUUUCGUGCUGAAUACCUUGACAUUCAAAUAAAGUGCAUUUUAUUCUUUUUUUUUUUCAAGGUCCUAAUCAAUUCAGAAAUAAAAUGACCUCAUAAACAUAGCAUUACAUUAUUUAUUUCAACUUUACAAUGACAGUUUUUAACUCCGUUACAGGCGCAAAAAUGGAUGGGGUGGGGUGGGGAAGAGAGAGGAAAGCACGAUGGGAAAAGAGAAAGGAUUUAUUUCUCUUCCUAAUAGACCCCUCCCUUCUUCCCACCCUCCCCUCCCCUUUCAAAACCUGCCACUCAAGCUGCUCCCAGGCCCAAUCCCCUCCCUACUACUACCUAAUGAUUAUGUGUGCUUAGAGAGCACAGUCCAGUAGUGGAUGCCCCAGAUGAGGAUAAAAGUACUUAGAAUAAAAACCGCAAGUAACCAGAUAACAAUCUAAGUUGUUCCGCUUGCCAGAUAUCCCUGAUGAAGAAAAAAAUGGCGAAGCAGCUGAUUACAAUGAUGAUUACGAAGAUGACUUUAAUCCAACAAGGUAUAGAUAUAUAAUGGUAUUUGCAUUGCAAGGUGUUUGUGGACAGAAAGUAUUGAUUUUAACUGAAUACGUGUCUUUCACUUUUUCUUUUGAAACAGUGAUAUAAGCAUUCCUGAAGACAUUGAUGAGCAGCUGUCACUUAGUAGUUUCCACAGCGGAAGUGCCAAGGUUUGUUGUUCGAAGUUUGUCACCGAGGCGUUACCAUAAUCAAUGUCAUUUGAGAGAUUUAGGGCCUGUUUACAUGCCCACCUGUCCUUAUAAUCUCUCAUUUUAAUUUGAUCACGUUUACAUGAUGGGUAGGGUGACCCGCCACAUGUUACUUCACCUUUCUGGGGUCCUCUAAGUAAACAGGCCCUUAGAGUCACGUUUACAGCAAACCGCAGACGUCAGAUUAAAGUUGCGAAUUUCCCAAAACAGAAAAUGUGACCAUAGGAAGGAGGUGCCCAAGAUAACACUCUUCUAACAUUAAGAUUCAUUUUAGUUUGGAAUAUGGACUUAUAAAAGAUAAAAAAAUAAUGUUGCUAUUGCAACGAGGGAGGGACAUAACGAAUUCAGAGUAAACUUAGGGUUUUUUUUCUAAAAAUAUUGUUGUGUUAAAAGAUAAAUAUCGGUAUGGAGUUUACUUUCUUUUCCGCAUUUCGCCUCCAAAUGUUAGGGUAAGAAAUUAAAACAAGACCUGUACUUUCCACAGUUCUCUGGUGAGCGACGCCACACGACCGUGUUGUUCAGAGGCCUUCAAAAAUUGGUGGGGUAGUUUUUCACCUGCUUUGAAAUUGCUUAGGCUGCCAUCGCUAUAGACAGGUCUAUUAUCGAGUUAUUGGCAAAAAGGAAAAAAAAUCUCUCACUUCUUAAAAAGCAUGGGCGGAUUUAGGGGUGGGCCGAGGGGGCUGCGGCCACCCCUUUUCCUAUGAAAAUUUUGUAUUUGUAUAGAAUUCCGGUUUAGAAAAAUAAAAAGUAUCUAGGAUAGAGCUGUUUAGUGUCCCGCCCACCCCUUUCUGAAUUUUCUGGAUCCGCCCCUGAAAAGUCAGAGGUGCUGCUCGAAAGAGCGUUGGUUGAUUGGUUUGCGUUGCUUUGUUAUUGAAAUCGUCACAACCUAAUACCCAUAAAUUUUGACUUGUUUUCCCAUUUUUACUCUAGUUGGAUGACCUUCUCACCACAGAUCGGACAGUUUCCCAAGCAAGUGGCGCAGAUCUAGACUUUGCAGAGGAUGUAUUGAACUUUUGAGAGAUAAACAUGCGUGUUUUACUUCAUGGAUCAAUUGUGUGCAACUUUAAUAUGUUCAAUAGUGUUUUAUAUGAACAUUUAUUUACUAUUUCAAAAAGUGAAACUGUACGUUGAAUAAUUUUAACCGGAAAGAGUAUAAAUAGAAAGACCUUCAACAGUGCUUUUAGUUGGAAUAGUUGGAAAACAAAAGCUGAGGUGUGAUGUUCUAGACGUGACAGGUCACGCGUGUCUAGAACUUAUGCACCCCCUGUAACUCUCGUUAUUUGAAGUAAUAUAUCAAACAUGAGAUGCAGUGUUUCAUCACCAGAUGAAACACCGAGAAGAGAGUUGAAACUACGACGCGCAGCGGAGUAUUUUUGACGAACUUUGAGGUGUUUCAUCUGUUGAUGAAACACUGUGUCGAAUGUUUGAUAUUUCUUCUCAAACAAAAUCAUUUUUGAAGGAGAAAUUAAGGAUGCAAAUACUAAGCAGUGUUUCAUCCGAUUUCCAAACACUCAUUAAACAUUAAUUUCCUUUGUAUUUUCUUAAUGAAUUAUUAAUGAGUUUGAGAAAGAAACCUUGAAGAUCCUUCUUGAUAUAGGGCCGUAGCUAGUAAAAGUUAAAACGAGGCACAAACUUUCAAAAAAAAAACGGUAAGAAGUUGAAUGAGACUGAUUUUUCUGAAAUAAAACCUGAAACAGUCCGUCAAAGCUUUUAGUUUUCAUUAUUUUCUUGGGGGAGUUGCUCGCGCCUUCGGCGAUCGUAGAUCUUGCUUCGUCCAUGCCAAAGUCUGGCUACGGCCUUAGGGUAUCUUGCUAUAUGACGUUCUCGCUAAUUGUUGCGUCACGCUUAUUAAAACACUAUUUGUGUUGCUGUCAAUCAGCUAGUUCAGUUCAAACUCGGGCUGUAAACAACUCUGACGUGCCUAGAUGAGUCUAUAAGGAAGUAUAGACCGCCCCUCUUCCCGUAAACGAAGGUACCAACUUUACGCUGGUUUGUACGAAACUGCACACAGGGGCGUCGACCAGAAUAGAGAAAAGGUCUAUUAAGAAAGCGAGGGCACUUCAUUUUAGCUGAUUACGUUUAUUCAAAUAAUGUUUUUCCAAUUGAUUCGGGCUGUCCAGUUGUUCUUAUAAACUUUGUCUGUAGCUCGUUUAACUUCACAUAUUGUAUUUAUCUUGUUUAGCUGGCAAGUCGUCUUCAGGCCUGGCUAAACUACUCAACAGGUCGCGGAAAUGUUGUCUAGUAAGGCUGUUAAAAAGGAAAUCAAUCAGUUGAGGGAAAGCGUUGUAAAUCAUGAAGUUGUCUAACAUACGGCUCUCGGCCAUACGAAGCUCGUGUGUGUCCAGAAAGCAAGAAUGCCUUUGCCUUGAUGCAGAAGUAAAAUUUGCGUCCGUAAGAGUGUUUCCCAUUAGGUCAUUUCCGAGUUGCCUUAAGUCUCGUGUUUCAAAGCGAGGUUAAAGCCAUUGAUAUGAAAAUGAUUUUUAUUCCCAUGCAAAUAAAACUAAUUUUCACUUGAAAGGUUUUGCACUUAGCCUCGUUUUGAAUGUGAGAGUUUUUGGAACUGGGAAAUGGCCUAUAUAACCAAGGCCUGAGUUGUUCGUAACAAAUUCCAGCAUUCCAAACCAUUAUUAAGGCUGGUUCAAGAGCAAUGAUGAUCCACCUUUGAUUUACUCAUCGUCAAUUUUUACCUACCGUUUUAAGUAAAACCCAUUGUAAUUUAAUUUAUCUUGUAUAUAAUAUACCUGUAAAUUGAAUAUUGUAACAUGUAGAUCUAUGGAUGAGCCAGC